AUGGAUACACCAGUAUUAUUAAUAAUUAAUAUAAAAUCUUCAUUAAAUUCCACAGGUAUUCGUUCGAUAGUUUUAAAAGAAUAUUUUUCUCAAUUAACAUCAAAUGUUGAAGUACUUUAUCCAACACAAAUUCUUAGUGGUCUUUUAUUAUGUAAAUCAAGACGAACGGAAGAAAAAAUUUUAAAUAUGCGUCAUACGCUUUCCAAUGGAUCAAUAAUUCACUUAUCUCAUUUACCUACUCAAUUAUUUCAACAAACAAAAUGCACUAUAGAUUCACAAAUAAAAGGACUAGUAACAUAUCUUCAACAAUGUUUACCAUUUUUAUAUGCAUCUGGUGGAAAAAUUCAAAUAAAUUCUGAUGGAUCAAUUUUAUUAGAAGGUCAUAUAUAUGUUCUAAAUUCAAUUCAUUCAUAUCUUGCACAUAAAACAUCGAAAUCUCAUCAAUCAAAUCCAUCUGAACCACUUGAUUUACGUAGUGGAAAUUUAACUGUUAAAAUAAUGAAUGGGAAAUUAUUAGAACAAAAUGUUGACAGUAUUAUAAUUCCUAUAAGUGAUAAAUAUAAAGUUCAUAAAUCUAUUGAUCGACAAAUACAAUCAUUUGGUGGGAUAAAUCUUUCAAAUUAUUUUAAAGAUUUAACAACAAAAGGUACACGGAUUCGCGAAGGAAACAGUAUUAUAUAUCCAAAUCGUGAUUUGAAAAUUCCUGCAAAAACAUUAAUUAUUUUUGUUGUUCCACGUAUAUCGAAUAAAGAUAAAUCAACAAUAAAUUCUUAUCAGCCAGCCUAUGAACAAUUCAUUUAUCGUAUGUUACAAACAGUUGAUCAAAAUUCAAUUACAAGUCUUGCAAUGCCUGUUCUUGAACCAAGUGUUAAGACUGCUCACGAAAGACGUCCUGCUAAUGAAAUGACUGUUCGUGCAAUGGUUAGUGCUUUCCGACAAUUUUCUCAAAAUCCUUUAAUUAAAUUAAAACGUAUUAUUGUUGUUGACCAUCAAGUACAAAUCAAACGAAUAAAUAAACGUGUUAAAACAUAUCAAAAUCAAAAUCAAAUUCAAACAAAAUCUACAAAUAAUAAUAACAUUGAUUUUGAUAAAGAUGAUGGACAUUCAUUUGAUAAUAUAUUUGGUGUACCAAAAUCACAUGAAAAUGUAUCAAGUAGUAGUGAAAGUGAUGAUGAUGUAGAAGGAGAAGAAUAUCAACUUCCUUAUACAGAUCAUGCUAAAUCUUAA